GUUUCGUCUUCGUAAGGAACAUUUCUUGUGGUAUGCUUUCACCAGGCACAUCACAGCAGCAUGGCGAACUCAAUACCUUUCACGGAUGUCCAGAUCAAAUCGGACUUCUGGGACGACAUCAUCAAAGUUUCUCGAAAACAAAGCCUGGAAAUCAUUCACCAGAAGCUCAGGUCAUACGGACAAUGGGAUGCUAUGCGACUUACGUGGAAGCCAGGCGACAAUGGCGUAACUCCUGACAUUUUGUGGGAUAGCGACGUUGGCAAAUACGUGGAAGCCGCAUCGUACGCUUUAUACCACGAAGAGAAUCCUGAAAUGCGAGACAGGGUCGACGAGGGCAUAGACAUGAUCAUCAAAGCACAACAAGACGACGGCUACAUUGGAAUUUAUCACACCCUAGUCCAACCAGGAAGGCGAUGGUCUAGCCUGGCACACAAUCUAGAAUUGUACGGAGGUGGCCAUAUCCUGGAGGCAGCCAUCACGCAUCAUCUCACAUCAGGACAGCCUAAUGAUGACAAGUUUCUCGCAGCCAUGCAAAGCUACGUUGAGCUACUGCAGAAGGUUUUCGGCGAGGACAAAUUGCUUGACUACCCUGGUCACCAAGAAAUUGAGCUAGCUUUGAUGCGCCUCUACGACAUUACUGGCGACCAACGAUUGGUUGACCUGGCCAAAUUCUUUAUCGAGGAGCGAGGUCGAACCGACGCCCCGCGUGAAGGCCAUGCUUGGGAUAUUGCUGCGCUCAGGAGAGGCGAUGAUCCGAAGACCUUCUUCCCAUAUUACUGGCCCCGACCUCGCUGUUACUGGCACAUGCAAGCACAUCUUCCCAUCCGAGAACAGCAUGAAAUUGUCGGACAUUCAGUGCAAGCCAUGUACUGGCUCUCUUCUGUUGUGGACGUCGCUCUUGCAGCAGGUGAUACAAGCUACCUCGAAGUUGUAGACCGACUCUGGAGCAACAUGGUCGACCGUAAAAUGUAUGUCACUGGCGGCAUCGGCAGCGUCCAUAUCUACGAAGGGUUCGGCCCUGAGUACGACCUCCCGAACGAGACUUCGUACGCCGAAACAUGUGCAGCUAUUGGCGUGAUGUACUUGGCUCAGCGGAAAUUGAAGGUCAAGGCCGAGGCAGCAGUGGCAGACAUCCUCGAAUUGUCCAUGUAUAAUGCCAUGCUUGCGGGACUCAGCCUUGAUGGCAAGUCUUUCAAUUACGACAACCCGUUGGCGACAGUGGACUGUUCGCACAGCCGCAGUGACUGGUUCAAAGUGUUCUGCUGUCCUUCAAACAUCUGCCGGACCCUCAAUUCCCUGGGUGGCUAUCUGUACGGCUUGGACGAAUCCGACAAAGCUGUUCGUCUAACUGUGCAUACGUACGUUGGAGGAACAGUUCGUGCAGGCAAGACAUUAUGGAAGGUGGAAACGGAGUGGCCCUGGAGCGGUAAGACGACUUUCUCUGUCACUGAGAACUCCGAAGAGAAGACGAUUCUGCGACUCCGUAUACCUGGCUGGGCCAAACAACAUGAGAUUACAGUGAAUGGACAAGCAACCAACGCUGAAAUGCAGGAUGGAUACAUUUCACUCCCUGCACGCACUUAUAACACACAAGAUUUCGUGGAAUUCACUGUUCCCAUGGCACCGCAAAAACUCGAAUCACAUCCACUUGUGCACCAGAACAGAAAUUGCAUCACGCUGCGACGUGGCCCUUUCAUCUACGCGAUUGAGUCCGUCGACCAAGACCCGGCACUCAAGGACCUUCGACUCGCGCGAAUUGAUCCUUCAGCCAAGAUUGAGGAUUUUGAAAUGGAUAUUAACGGCAAAUCGAUGGUUGCCUUGAAGACCCGUGGUUGGGCUUUGAAGGUACCUCAAAACCCUCGGUCGUCUCGUGACGAAGCAGACCACGAAAAGGACGAUGGGGUGUCUGUGGACCUGAAAUUCAUCCCAUAUUUUGCAUGGGGGAAUCGUGGCCCAAGUGAUAUGAGAGUAUGGAUCCAGAAAGCGGGAGAUCCGAGCAGAUGAUCUUACCGUUCACAACGUAUCAACCUUUGAAAGCAUUCUAGGGCCCAUCAUAGUUCGAGGAGUGGUCAUGUCGCCGGUGGUACGCAUCUUGCUGGCGGUGAGCAGGACCGUGCCACACAUGCUGAGUACCUAGGUAAAUAGCGGAAGGAUAGGGUCAAAUGUCCACCGGAGACCAGAGAGUGACAGGUUAUGCCGUUUUGCCGAGCUCUCCAAUGUUGUCCAUCCGCAAUUGGGGGACCUCCACUCCUGUGCCGUCUUGACAGGUUCCACUCCGCCUAAUCUGAUAACAG